AUGCAUCGUGCCUACCAGCCAAUUCUGCCAUGUGGCAGUAAAUACCUUCAGCAGAAGUGGGACAAAGCUACUUAUGAAGAGCAUAAGCAAAAGAUCCUGAGAGCCAAGCCUGUGGUAGACACAUCUGCUCCUCCAACAUAUGGACAUCUUCACUUGAAAUUAAGAAAACUUAAGCUUGAUAAGGACCGUUUGUCUACAAUAGAACGAGAUAACCAUUUGUUACUAAAGAAGAUAUCUUACAUCAUGAAGACUGAAGGAAGAGUAGAUAAUAAAAAUGAAUAUAUAACCAAAAGUUUAAACAGAGAAAAACAAGAGCGAGAAUUGUUCAGAAUAAACCAAGAAAAUUGUGCCAUUCUGGAAAGAAUUGCAAAGUGUAAAUCUCGGUACAGUAUUCAGAAAUGGAGUGAAGAUUGGCGAAAGACUAAAAACUACAUGAGCAGUAUUACAAGAUAUCCUCCAAGCCUGCGUGAGUUGCAGAUUCAAAAGGGACAACAUAAGAAAAUGUAUAAAAAAAGACUGAAAGAUAACAAACUGAAAGUUGAACAUCUGACAGAUAAGCAAGAACAAGGAGUAGAACUAAUCCACCAAGACAAAGAACUGAAUGAGGAUUGUCAAGGAGAAAAUCCAAUAGAAAAGGUUUAAUUUCAAUUCUUACAUUGGCAGGUCAGACAAUGGACAUUACACGCUUGAAUUCCUGAUGUAUGGCUAUAAUUACUGGGAAAUUAUUAUAGUUAUAAAUAUUAAAUAUGUCUCAUAGCAUAGGUGAAUAAUGUUCACACCAGUUAUUAAGUAUGAAUGUAUUAGCAAGCUAUUAGGCUGGUCAUCCUAAGAUAUUUUCAUUAAUGAUAGUUAAUUUAAAAGAGCACUACUUAAGGCUGAAUAUAAUGUAUGUGAUAGCCAGAAUCUUCUUUUCUAAAACAAAUGUCACAGUAUUAAUGAAAAUUACAACUGGAUAAAUGGAUGGAUAGAUUGAUGGAUGGACAGACAAAUAUUUAAGGCCAUGAUAAAGUGUGUUAAUAACAGAAAUCUC